UUUAUUUGUAGAACUGUAUUCCUUUUUUAAUUUAUAUUCAAUAUUAUUAUUGUUGUUGUUUUUGGACUAUUGUGGAACAUUGCUUAUUUCAUUUUACUUUCACGGACAAUGAGAAAGACAGUUCUGUUUAUUUUCUUAUUUUAAAUGUUCUUCCUUUUUUUGGUGAUUAUUAUUCAUUUUGGUCCACACUCCAACCCUGUAGGUGGGGGUAAUGCACUUUAAAGGUUAGUUACUACAAGGAACCAAACCAAACAAAUGACACUAAUAUUCUAUUUAUUUAUUAUUAUUAUUUUAUUUGAAUGGAAAUUCUGAUCUUUAUUCUUUUUUAAAUGUUAUUAUUAGUAUUAGUAUUAUUGUUAUUGUUGUUGUUGUUGUCCUCCCUCCAACACAGUAGGUGGCGGUAAUGCAGCUUCAACGUUACUGGGCAGUCCGUCAUCGAAACCAAAGAAGAAGUCGGGUAUGUUAUUCCGGAGGAUGCACGAGAGCAGCGACACAUUUUUUAUUGUCGUUUUGUUUUGUUUUUGUUUUUGUUGCUGGGCAGAUUUCACCCUGCAGAACGUUUGAUCCUCGGGGAGUUUAUUACAGGUAAGAAGAUUACGUCAUCAGGAUCCCAAUAAAGGUAUAUGCGGUUAGAGAGGACUAGCAGGAUUACAGUACAAUACAUCUGGAAAUAAAGAGGGAUAUAUUAAAGGGACUGAAUUCAUGUUCUUUGUGAGUGCAUGUUCUUUGUGAACACAUCUCUAUUUAAAGGCAGGAGCUGGACAUCUGGUUUAUUUAACACCGAUACCGUUGGUUUAUAAUUCAUGGAUUCAGCUCUAAGUGCAUUUGAAGCCUUUAUAGUGUUGAUAUGUCGGUUUCUGAAUUACAGUUCCAUUUCUACAAACCCUUCAGUCACAUGUUGUUUAUUUUCUCUUGUUUUAUUUGCUUUGCAUUUGAUAUUGAGCUAAUCCAAAGUAAAGUAAUCAGAUUACAUCUGUAUUGUAAAUCUCAGAUUACUGAUUACAUUUUUUGAACUAGUUGUUAGUAACCCUGACAACAACAACAACAACAACACUGUGCACUAACAGAGCAGUAAGAGGAGCAAAGUAAACAAAGACCAGUAAUCGAUGUAAAAGAAGUGCACAGUGAGGAAUGCUAUUGUGCAAAACCCAUUAUCAUUCACAAUAACAACAAUAGGUGUUAUUUAUAGAGCGCUUUACAGAGGACACAAAUCAGAGGGAAAAUCAAGUUAACAUCUUUCAAUGAAACCACAUUUGUCCCAAGGACAUCACACCUUAAAAGCCAGUCUGAAAGGUGAGUUUGGGUCAGUGGUUAUUGCACAUUAGUAUUAUAGUAUGUAUAUAUAUUGUGUAUUUCUAGAUACUGUACUGCUAUACUGGUGAUAUGCUCUAUGUCCUUUCUAAUGUGCAUGGGUGGUUUUGGGGAGGGGGUGGGUGGCCAGUGCCCCUGUCACAAUGGACUGCAUGAUGAUGAUUCAGUUUGUAGGUAGCGUUGUGCGGUUACCUUGAUUGGUUAAUUGGAUUUGAUGUGUUUCUCAUAAUGAAGUCAAUGAAAUGUUUACUACUGAAACAAAUUCUUGUGCUCUUGAUGUUCAGCAGGGGGUGUUUCAAGACCGUGUGUCCGGGCAGCCGGCCUCCCCGGCGGGAUGGCGGCUCUGCGCAGCGUCGCUCUCCAGGAGCAGAUCUCCAUCAUCAUGGGCGCCCUGACCAGCGCCGCCGUGCAGGAGAUCUGCGAGCUGGUGGCGGAGGGAUACCAGGUGCUGCAGGCGGAGAUUCAACGCAGGCACAAGGAGAACCAGGACCUGAGGAAGAAGCUGCACCUCAUCGAGUCUAUCGUGGUGCGGGGGGGGAGAGAGGGGAUCGAACCGGCAGCUGAGGGGAAAGUAACAAUCGAACCGGCGGCUGAGGGGGAACAGCAGCCGGAGAGUGACCGGGGAGACGCCGUUGCUGCUGCCGGAGGAGGAGGAGUGGCGGUGAUGAGGGAGGAGCUUCCUGACGUGGUGUUGAUCAAAGACGAAGACUCGGACAGUAACCACAGCCUGGAGGAAGGUGAGGGGAGAGGACCCAAUGUCCUUUUAUAUCAGGAUGAGAAAACGUCUGCCUCCAGAGAGCUCGUCCAGUCGCCUCCCGUCAGCCGGAACGUGAAGAGAGUCUGGCCUGGAGGUGAGGACGCCGACAGGAAGUCCUCCUCGGAGCUGCCGAAACCAGCGAAGAAGAACUUCCCAGUGUACUUGGUGGACUCUCCCCCCCGCAGCGAGCCGGGCUGCUCGUCCUCUCUGGAGGCCGGAGAGUCGCUCGGCUCCUUCUCCUCUCAGAUGGACCUGAACAGACCCGGGUUCUUCAGCCUGACCGAGUCCCCCACCAGCAGCCCCAGAGCUACACUUCAGACGACGGAGUCUCCAACCAGCAGCCCCAGAACGCGGCCGUCCUUCCCUCGGUUUCAUCAGAAUGGGAACCUGGACGAUGACGGCGGUGCCUUCGGGCUGAAGAUGGUCAGCGUCAGCGGGUCGUUCCAGGCCGACAGCCAGCCGACCGAGAGCAGCGACUCCUCGUUCCAGUACGAGAUGAACCUCGCCUCCUUCGGGGACCUGAUGCCGGGUCAGGACCAGCAGUUCGGCGACGGAUCGAAACGGCUGGUUUGCCCCGUGUGUUCGAAGACCUACGCCACCUCGCAGAACCUGGAGGUGCACCUGCGAAUCCACACGGGCGAGAGGCCCUUCAGGUGCGGACAGUGCGGGAAGAAGUUCACUCAGUCGGCGCACCUGAAGGCGCACAUCAGCGUGCACAGCGGGGAGCGCCCGUACCUGUGCACGCUCUGCCCGCGCAGCUUCAUCGUUAAAUACAGCCUGAAGCUGCACAUGGACCGCUGCCACGCCCCGGGCGGCCAGCAGAACAUUCUAAACAUGUCCCCUGCCGCGUCCCUGCACGAGCAGCUCGCCUCCAUCAUGGAGGUCCUCGCGAACACGGCGGUGGCGGAGAUCUGUGAGCUCGUGGACAGCGGUCUGGCGGUGCUGCAGCUCGAGGUCUCCCGGAGCCGCAAAGAGAACGAGGCUCUGCGGAGAAAGCUGCGGCUCGUGGAGCUCCGUGCGGCCCGGGCCACCGCACUCCGAACCGCUGCAGGCGGUCCCGUGCACCGAGCCACCGCCGGCGGCCCCGCGCACCGAGCCACCGCCGGCGGCCCCGCGCACCGAACCACCGCAGGCGGCCCCGCGCAGCCCCUGGCUAACGGCCGUGUCACCCAGCUGUCUGCUCAUCAUCACCCUGGCAACGGGCCAAGAAGGACCAGAGCACCCGGAGGUGAGGCGGAGCGAUGUGGAGAGGCCGACCCCUCCGGAUACGAUGCUACAUGGGGGAUGCUGGCUGAAGGAGAGUCGAUCAAACUGACGAUCAAAGUGGAGGACGACGAGUCCUGGUCCCAAACUGAGCAGCACCAUUUUUCUCGAGGCGUUGACGGACACACAGAGAAGGAAGCCCCGCCCCCGCCAGGCCUCAGCUCCAGGUCAGAGGUCAGCGACGGAUCGGACUGCCUGAUGUACGAGCCACAGCUCCAACUCCCCCCCCCCGUCACUACCCACGAUCCUCUGGGGGAGGGUCCCGGCUGCUCGUACGCCAGCGUCCCCGUGGCGGCGGAUCCGAGCAGCCUGCACGUCAUCACUGACGAAGGAAACACCCAGCUGAGGAAACCGUUCUUCUGCACCUUCUGUGGAAAGACCCUGGCCUGCCUGAAGAACCUGAAGACUCACCUGAGGGUCCACACAGGUGAGAAGCCGUUUGUCUGCUCGCUCUGCGGGAAGCGUUUCUCCGACUCCAGCAACCUGAAGCGGCACCAGAGCGUUCACACCGGAGAGAAGCGCUACGGCUGCGCUCACUGCGGCAAACGCUUCGCCCAGUCCGGCUCGCUGAAGGUCCACAUGAGCGUCCACACCGACUGCAAACAGUUCCGCUGCUCGUUCUGCAGCAAGACGUUCAUCUCCGGCAGCCACCUGAGGCGACACACCGCCGAGCACGCCGCCGAGAAGAGGUACGCUGAAACGCUACAGUGAUGGAGGAGGGACGAAGAUGAGAGGAACAGGACUGGACACAAUCAUGUCUUAGCACAAUUCAAACAGGAUUCAAAAGGUUAAAUCAUGACACCAUACACACUCUCUCCGGAAAUACGGUCCCGUGACUUUAGAGGUACGCAGCGGCGCUUCAGAGAAAGACGAGUUUCUGUUCUUUCAAAAUGACGGAUAAGGAGUUCAGCUUUCACUCUCGGGUUAGUUUACAGAAAUACACUAGACUGGCGGCUCUCCAGCUACCAAUCCACGCUAUUCUAUCAGGACUUGAACCGGCAACCCUUCGGUUCCCAAACACGAGAUACCCUGUGUUUAAUCUCGCCGUUGACAACCAAACUUUUUCUCUGGAAAUAAUGUCUCAUGGAUGACGGCUUUUAUUUUACCCACAAUCCUUUCAAGCGAGGGAGGUACACGUGUCAUUUUAAGAAGAAGAAGACCGGCAGCUAAAGUUCAUCCUGGGACAAAAAGGUUCACCGGACGGAGACACUCCAGAUUAAUACAAACUUUGAUAGCAUCUAAAGCUUGAAUCCACCUUCUGGUUUCUGUUACUCUAGCACUACAUUUGGAUUAAAUCUACAUUAUUUGGUCAGCUGUUAGAUGUUGUGAGGAAACAGAACUGAUUCUGUCUCCUGGAUUUGUUUGAUCAUAAACCUCAUGUCAUUUUGUAAUAAAGAAAGAGUCUCACGAG